AAAUACAGUCGAUAUUUUGCCAGCAGCUGUUGCAAACCCCAGAAAGAAUGAAGCAUAGAAUAUCAUUAUUAGUAACAUUUGAAAGGCGCACGAGUUUUCAAACGAAAUGUGCACAGUACGCCCGUGACGCAAAUCGAUUUGCGUUUAAAAAAAGUUUAAUUUCCUUAUAAAUAAAUGCGGCUUAUCAGUAUCAUGAUUCCAAGUUGUUAGCGAAAGUAUCGCAUCUUAAAUAGAUGCUUGAAUUGAAAAGGAGGGGACGUCGAACUGCUGCUAUCACUUCAUUGUUUUUCUGUGCGGGUUCCGGGCUAUUAGCAUAUUGGUCUCGGUUACAAACUGCACGACGAAGGAAAGUGAUCGGAAAGGGGGCCGUAUGGAAGAUUGCAGUGCAUGAUCGAGCUCAUGGGGUAACCCGUAGGUAAUGCUUUCUAAUUGGUGUCAAUCGAGCACCCUCUAUAAGGGGUUAUUUACCCUGGUACUUAUUCUGAUCGCCUUGGAGUAUCUUUUCGGGGGACUAAUCGAGCAUCAGGCAGAAAACUUAAUCGCGAUCAACACGACAAGGCACAUGGGCGUCCAAAGGCUCAUAGCGCACCAACCCAUGGUGAAGGUUGCCAAAAUCGAGGUCGGCAAUGCGACGAUCAUUAACGGAACGGAGCUGAGUGUAUCAAACGUGACUAGUACGACCGAAGAUUCGCCAGGCGUAAGCCCUUCGGGCGUGCAAGUUUGUCCCGAAGUUCCAGCAAAUUUAACUGGCAAGCUGAAAAUAGUCAAGUCACCCGCACCUACGGUUGUAGACCUAGAAAAACGCUUCGCGUGGCUGAAACCCGGCGGACAUUCAUAUCCAGAAACCUGCCAGGCGCUCCACAAAGUCGCCAUUAUUAUACCGUUUCGUUGUCGCGGCGAGCAUCUAUUACUGUUCCUGCAGCACAUGCAUCCGUUGUUACGAAGGCAGCAGAUCGACUACACGAUUUUCGUGGUCGAACAAGAAGGCGACGGCCCGUUUAAUCGGGCGAUGCUGAUGAAUAUCGGCUACAAGGAGGCUCUUAAUUUUAACAAUUUUCACUGUUUUAUUUUUCACGACAUCGAUUUGCUGCCCGAAGACGACAGGAACUUGUAUAAUUGCCCGGAGCAACCUCGACAUAUGAGUGUUGCCAUAGAUAUUUUCAAAUACAAGCUUCCCUACAAGGGUAUCUUCGGAGGCGUCUCCGCCAUCUCAAAGGAACACUUCGAGCUCCUCAACGGCUUUUCGAAUUCGUUUUGGGGCUGGGGCGGCGAAGACGACGACAUGUCGAAUAGGAUUAGGUAUCACAAACUGCAUAUAUCGCGAUAUCCCCUCACCAUUGCCAAGUACACGAUGCUCACACACAAGAAGGACAGACCGAGUCCGCACAGGUACGAAGUUCUUCGCAGUGGCCAAAAGAGAUUCACAAAGGACGGUAUAAAUAGUUUAAAAUAUACGUUAGUCGACGUCAAACAGAAUCUCCUAUACACGUGGUUAUUAGUGAAGUUAGAGCCGCCCAGCUGAUGGAACUGGUUAUCCUUAUCCUUCUUGUGGAAUGGAUAAGUGAUAAUCUGUAUAAAGUGUCAAAAUAACGAUAAUUAUAGGAUAAGUAUCACCCUCUCCAAAA